AUGACCUUGGUCACUGCUGAACUCGAAACUGCAACACAAACCUCGGCUCUUAAUACGACUAAGAACGAGGAUGGUCAAGUGAAAAGACUCCAUCAUAUUCCACGCCCUACCACAAAAGAAGCCGAGCGAACAUGGCUUCUUCAGCAAAUGGCAGCUGCAUUCCGCAUAUUUGCCAAGCUUGGCUUUGCCGAUGGAAGUAGCGGCCACAUUAGCUUGCGAGGUGCGGUUGAUCCUAUUGAGAUCAAUACCUUCUGGAUCAACCCUUAUGCUGUGCAUUUUGCUUUGCUGAAAGUCUCCGACAUGGUUCGAGUAGAUGAGAAAGGCAAUCGAGUGGAUGGCGGAUAUAAGCCUGUGAAUGCGGCGGGCUUCAUGAUUCACUCGGCAAUACACAAGAGGCGCCCAGAUAUUCAUGCUGCUUGUCAUAUGCAUAGUCCGUAUGGGAGAGCAUGGAGCACAUUUGGAAAGGGAAUUGACAUGUUGAAUCAAGAUUCCUGUAUGUUUUAUGAUGAUCUCUCUGUCUACCCUGCCUUUGGAGGCGUGGUCUUUGCCCAAGAGGAAGGCGAGCGAAUCGCAGACUACCUUGGCCCCAAAAACAAGAAUCUGAUUAUGCAGAAUCACGGCCUUCUCACUGCAGGUGGAACGGUGGCCGAGGCUGCUGCCUUUUUCAUAGCUCUAGAAAGAGCAUGUCAGACACAGCUGCUCGUGGAGGCAGCAAUCGCGCCUGGGACUGUUGGCCACAGUAUGGGAGAACUCAAGAAAGCACUCAUUGACGAUGAGACUGUGCGGUAUACUAAAGAUGGAACAGGCAGCCCUGAGGCGAUGUACAUGCAGUUUGAGCCUGAGUUUCAGCUUUUACUAAAGGAAACUAAUGGCGAAUUUCUGCUAUGA